AUGCCUAUCCCCAAGUCCGGUCCGUCCUUGGGUACCUUUAGUAUAGGCCACGAUCCUUUCAUGACCCGCGACAAUCUCCAGUAUGACCGCCGUGGUCUGUUUCGGGGCCCCUUUCCCAAGACCGCUAGUCUCACUGAUGAUCAUCGCGUUCCAAUUCCCAAGAAAGCAACAUUCGUCGAUAUUUGCUUAAGUAAGCAGUCAUCAGAAGAGGCGUUCGAGUUUUGGAGAUCUCUGGUCAGCGAAUAUUCGCUGCUCGGCUUGACCUACGAUUCCGACCGGGACGUUGCCCUCUCGGGUAUACGGCAGGCGUUCAACGCUGAUGGCAGGUUUCAGUAUUACGCCGGCCUAUGGAUUCAAGACCUUCCGCGAUCCUUACUCUGGACCAAGAACUGCAGACACGACGACGAACAGGAAAACCAGCUCAGUGCCCCUUCAUGGUCAUGGCUCUGCCGUUACAGAGGCAACCGCACCUUUGUUGACUAG